AUGUUUCUUUUUUCCGCUGGCUAAUGUGAAAGCAAAGCAGCUUCUCUUCAGCUCAUUUUGCAUUCGGCAUCAGCUUCUGUUUGUUUGUUUGUUUGUUUAUGGUGACAUGUCAUUGUCACAUAGAACCAUGUUGGGAGCUUCUUUAGUACAGGAGCAUCCUUCAGUUUAAAGACUCCUGUCACGUCUAUUAAGUGAACCUUUCUCCUCCUUUUUCCUCCUCCUCACUAUUUGCUCUCUCUCUCUCUCUCUCUCUCUCUCUCUCUCUCUCUCAGCAGCUAAGAUGACUGUCAUGACAAUCCACUGAGAGGGCUGAAGGGUCCCCACUUGAUCCAGAAGAGAACCGCUGCUUCAGGUCCAGACAGGAAAGGAAGACGAGAGGGAGGAAUCGGAGGAGCGAGAGAAGGGCUGAGACAGCGGCGGUGUCAACGGUGGAUGGAGGCGGCUCGGACCGGGACUACGGCGUGCUGUUCACCUACGGAGAAGAAGAUCGGUCACAGGAGGAGCGGCGAUGGAGGCAAAAGGGAGACACAUGCCCCCAGCCAUGGUGUGGUGUGAGCGGGGCAUCCAGGUGCUGCUGACCACCAUGGGCGCGUUCGCAGCCUUCGCCCUGAUGACGGUGGCGAUUGGCACAGACUACUGGCUGUAUGCCCGGGCCUUCAUCUGCAACAGCACUGCCAACUCUUCCCAGGAUGAGUCCAGCAACAAGGACAAGAAGGACCCCGGGGCGCUCACCCACUCCGGCCUCUGGAGGAUCUGCUGCCUGGAAGGGCUGAAGCGAGGCGUUUGUUCCCAGAUCAAUCAUUUCCCAGACGAGGCAGACUACGACCAAGAUGCUGCAGAGUAUCUGCUGCGCGUUGUGAGAGCGUCCAGUAUCUUCCCCAUCCUCAGCGCUAUACUGCUCCUGCUGGGCGGAGUGUGUGUUGCUUCCAGCGGCUUCUAUAAGAGCAAAAGGAACAUAAUUCUUGGUGGAGGGAUUCUUUUCGUAGCUGCAGGGCUUAGCAACAUCAUCGGUGUGAUCGUGUACAUCUCAGCAGCACUGAGCGACAUCUCCCCGAAGAAGGACGAGGAUAAGAAGUGGCAUUACUCCUAUGGCUGGUCAUUUUAUUUUGGCGGUUUGUCUUUCAUCCUGGCUGAGAUGGUGGGCGUCCUCGCCGUCAACAUCUACAUCGAGAAGAACAAAGAGCUACGCUGCCGCUCUCGCACCGAUCUCUUCAAGAGCACUACGCACGCCAUGCUGCGACUGCCUAGCUACCGCUUCCGACGGCGCUCACAAUCCAGCUCGCACUCCACCGACCCACCCCAUUCACAGGAAACCUCGCCUAUUGGCACCUCCAAAACCUUCAGCCUGCCGCCGUCCGCCCCGCCCUUUUCCGUGGCCACGUUGCCGAAUCCACAUCACACCAGUGGCAGCGGAAGCGGAGGAGGCGGAGACAUCUCAAUGUACACCCUGUCAAGAGACUCUAAGCUGGGUGCCCCGCCUCUCUACGGCACAGUGGACCGUGCCACGCUGUACCAGCUUCACAACUACUUCCCAAAAGAUUCCAGUGGAGGAGGCGGAGGAGGAGGGGGUGGAGGAGGAGUAAUAAGCAGUGGUACGCUCCCGUCUCAUUCCAAGUCCAACUUGGCGGCAGCGGCGACUGUUGCCCAAAACGCAGCUCCGCUGAACACCUCCACAUCAGCCGCCGCUCCGACCCAACAGGCGCCGAUAUCUACAGCCACCAUGGAGAGGGACAGGGGCAACGUGGGAACUCUGGACCGGCUCGGGGCCAAGAGGGACAGGGACAGCAACUCAGACACGCUCAACAGGAAAACAACCCCCGUUUAAAAGGAAACCCUUGACAGGAGGAGGAAGGGAGGGAAGAGAGGAAUGGUUUCAGAGAGGUAAAAGAGAGGAAGAGGAGGUGUCGUGCAGUCUGAGUACCGAACGCAAUGUUUCCAAACAUCAUAAACAGUCAGAAAACACCUGAGGCCAUGUUCCAGAUCAUAAAGGCUGUCUUAAAAAAUGGUUGUGGCCUAAACUCCAAAAACCUGACCGUGAGUGUUUGGUGCUGAUGCUGUUUGAGUUUCAUCCAAACAGUCAACUAAAAUAAUAAAAACAUUAGUUUGGUUGAUUUAAAAA